GGACCCUGACACCUUAACACAAGUUGUGAACAAUUUCUUUUCCCUUAGCAGAGACGACGAACGAAGCGCAGAAGAUGCAGACCUUACGAAAUGGAAUUCGAUCUCUCAGAUCGGCUUCAUCUGCUUCUUUUCCUUCAGAUUUAAGGCGGUGCAUUGACGGCGCUUUGCCUGCGAUUUCCGUGACCGGAAGAGGAGGUUCUUUUGCGGACAGAGGAUCCGUUUUGGGUUUUGUAGCAGGAGCGAGGACUUUCUCUCAAUCAGCCGCUUGUGCCUCUUCUACUGCGUUGGACAAGGAGGAGGUUACCACUCGUGUUGUGGAUCUUCUCAAAUCCAUCCCUUUUGUUGAUCCCGCCAAGGUGAGCCCGGUGGCAAGUUUCAAGGAUGACUUGCAAUUGGAUACGUUGGACAAUGUGGAAGUAAUGGUGGCAGUGGAAGAAGAAUUUGCUGUGGAUAUCCCUGACAAUGAAGCCAGUAAAUUUUCUACCACAGCCCAUCUCAUUGAUUACAUUGCAAUCCAUCCUCGAGCAAAAUGAAAAUCCUUUUCUUUCUAGGUGAAGCCUUUUUAUGCUGACCUAUUGAGUUUGCUGUUUAUUCCAGCUUCCCCUCCGUAGCCAAUUCAAAGGUUUGUCAUAACAUUCAAAGGUUUGUAAUAAUGUUAUGCUGGACUAUACGAAACAGUAUCAUUCAUGUUGGACUGGUUUUUACUUGUUAAGCUUCUUCUUGAUGCAUUAUGCAUUAGAGCUUCUAGCUCCAAUCUUUAAAUCAGAAAUAUUUGUUA